AUGUUUCGCCGUGAAGUCCAUUUGAGCCCAUUUGUCCGUCUACCGCAGCAGAAUAAGCAACCUAUAGGGGCUGCAGUCCAUGUGUUACUGGCUCAGAUUGAUGAUAUCAUGGGCGUACGAGUUCCAAAAGCCUCUGGAAUUGGUUACAUUUUUGUGAGAAUCUACGAUCUUGCUGUCCGUGUUCCUCAAGUGAAUGUGACUACUCUCAUCAUAUCACUAGUAUCUAUGACAUUCCUAUAUGUCGGCAAGGAGUACUUGUCACCGUUUCUCUCAAAACGGGUCCACCUUAAAGUGCCUAUUCCUUAUGAGCUUAUCCUGGUUUGUUCCUUCAAAUGGUUUGAUUUUAGAGUAACG